UGUAUAUAAAAUGAUUUUAGUUAUAAUUUUAGCGGCAAUAACCCCGCUUGUUCAGGCUGGAUCUGCUGGUUUUUGUACUUCGGACGAGUUCAAGUGUCUCGAUGGCACUUGCAUUGGUAGGCAAUUACUAUGCGAUGGUAAAAAGAAUUGCCCAGAUUCUAGCGAUGAGGUCUUUAGUGCCUGUUACAAUGAAACCUGCACAGGCUUCCGUUGCAAUUACGGCGGCUGCAUAAAUAGAAAUCUGAUUUGCAACAACGUUACCAAUUGUUGGGAUGAAAGCGAUGAAAAUGAGUUUUUAUGUGCGAAUGAUUCAAGGAAGUUAGAAUUGUUCAUGCAGCUGAAAGGUGACUGCCCCGGUGAAUAUGGAAUGCAAUGCCCGAAUAGCCAUAAGUGUUUGGAGUGGAGUGAGGUGUGUGACGGCGUUAGCGAUUGUAACAGUGGUGAAGAUGAGAAUUUGAAGCUGUGCGGGAGCAGUAGGUGCCCUUACGACUCGUUUCAAUGCGAGAGUGGAGGUUGCAUCCAUAAAAAUCGCUUGUGCAAUAAAAAUAUCGACUGUGUGGAUGGUAGCGAUGAGAUACCCAAUAUAUGCCUUAUGACGCAAGUAGUUUAUUCAAUAGAAAUCAAGGAUACGGAUAAUCAAGUGCAGCAGUCUGAACAGAUGCCGGAAAUAACAGUGUGGCAGAGCUUCAGCUGUCCUUUGGUUCUCAUGCCGGGCAUGCAAGUACUGAAUUUCUUCUCUCAGCUUGCAUACAAGUCAGAUGACGAGGUGCCACACGAAAGCAUCGUGGAGGUGACUUGCAAUGACACAUACAUACUCUUCGGCUCCAAUAUCAACAAAUGCGUUAAUAAUAUGUGGCACAACGAGUGGAUUUCGUGUGUUCGUUAUUGCGAGCCAAGCCCAGAUGCACGCAGAGUCGAAUAUUCGGCAAUGUGCAGCAGAAAAUCUAACAUUGUUGAUUGUAAUGAAAUACCUCACCAGCUGUCCACUGAAUUGCUGGUGCCCUGCUCGGCAGGCUACGAGUCCGACUCGGGUCAUGAUCAAGUUGGUCGCCAUAUCUGCAAUGAGCAAGGCGAGUGGACUGUCGUCGAGGAGAAUCCCAUUUGUGUGCCGAUUUGUGGAGUAAAGUCAGCACAGCAUCCCGAUAUCACGCCUUGGACUGUGAGCCUGUUUCGGCGCUCCACAGGCAAAUAUGGGAUGUACACUUUCAGAUGCAUUGGCACCAUUCUCUCACCUUACAUUGUAAUUACUGCCAACGCCUGUUUUUCGGAGGCUGAUGAAGUAAACUCACAUCUUUUCUUCAAAAUUGCUGAGGGCAAUCACAAAAUCAACUUCACAGAAGACGAGGAUCAUGGUUAUGUUCUACAUAAUCUCAUGGAAAUACAUCUUGGCUCAUUUGACAAGAAUCAUAUGGCAGCCAUACUCUCCUUGGUGAAGCCUUUUAGGUUUGGAGGCUUAGUUCGACCCGUUUGCUUGGCUCCAUCUUAUGAUGAAACGCAACCGAUGGAAAUCAAAGGAAUAUUCGAUAGCGCUGAGCUGGGGAAGGGGCACACGGAAUAUGAGAACUCCAAGUACUAUCUAACAUACUUUGUGGCCAGCGAGUCACUUAAAUAUAGUGUACGAAGCUUUAUUUCGUCUAUCAAAGAUUAUAUAUCAAAGAGCGAGCAGGUAUUAAUUGAACAUUGAAUUAAGAGCUAAAAAUAAAUGUGAAUGUAAAUAUAUAU